AUGGCCCCAAACCCCGCCUUCCAGAGUGCCCCACGAGCCCGGCCCGAGCUCUCCCGCCCUCACAGAGGGCGUUGGGGAGCCGGCCCCGCGCCCCGCCGGAGGGCGGUGGCGGCGCGGGGCUUCCGCGUCCGGGUCGCGGCGGUGCCGGGAGGCGGCGCCGGCGCGGCGGGGCUGGGGGACACCAUGGCCUUGCGGUGGUGGUGGCGGAGCGGCGCCUGGUGCCGCCGGGCGCCGCCGCUGGGCUCCGUGCCGAGCCCCGGCCCCCGCGCCCCGCCGGCCCCCAGCGCGGCGAUGUGUCACAUUACCCAAAGAACUUCAACUUUCUCGUUUCCAAAAAUAUGUAGUAUAUUUUGGCGGUUUCAUCAUACAAGUACAUCCCAUUGCUGCAGCUGCGGUAAGACAAUUAGUGAUGAAAAAUACCAAGACCCUUUCCAACUUGGUAGAAAAGACUUGAAGAAUCUCUAUGAAGAUAUUAAAAAGGAAUUGCUGGUCUCUGCAGCAGAACUUAAGGAAAUGUGUGAUUAUUACUUUGAUGGGAAGGGAAAGGCCUUUCGACCAAUGAUUGUGGUGCUAAUGGCUCGGGCUUGCAACAUUCACCAUAAUAAUUCCAAGGAGGUGCAAGCAAGCCAGCGCUCUGUGGCCAUAAUUGCUGAGAUGAUCCAUACAGCCAGUCUAGUUCAUGAUGAUGUUAUUGAUGAUGCAAAUUCUCGCAGAGGAAAAAGGACACUUAAUCAAAUCUGGGGAGAGAGAAAAGCUGUUCUAGCUGGUGACUUCAUCCUCUCAGCUGCUUCUGUAGCUUUAGCACGAAUUGGAAACACUACUAUCAUCUCUGUUCUAACUCAGGUGAUUGAAGAUCUGGUGCGUGGUGAAUUCCUCCAGCUGGGUUCCAAGGAAAAUGAGAAUGAGAGAUUUGCUCACUACCUCGAGAAGACUUUUAAGAAGACAGCAAGUCUGAUAGCAAACAGUUGUAAAGCAGUUUCAAUUCUAGGCUGCCCUGAUCCUAAAGUUCAUGAGAUUGCAUACCAGUAUGGAAAAAACGUUGGCAUAGCUUUUCAGCUGAUAGAUGAUGUGCUGGAUUUUACAUCAUGUGCAGACCAUCUGGGGAAACCAACAGCAGCAGAUCUCAAGCUUGGAUUAGCCACAGGCCCCGUUUUGUUUGCUUGUCGACAGUUUCCAGAAAUGAAUGCUAUGAUAAUGAGGAGAUUCAGUAAGCCAGGAGAUGUUGAACGUGCACGGAAAUAUGUGUUGCAGAGUGAUGGUGUGCAGCAGACGACCUACCUCGCCCAGCGCUACUGCCACGCGGCCACGCGCGAGAUCCGCAAGCUGCGGCCGUCCCCCGAGAGAGAGGCGCUCGUGCACCUGACCGAGAUGGUUCUCAUGCGAGACAAGUGAGACAGCUCCUUCCUCUCCUUCUGGCAGCUACUUACCAGACUGUGCCUGAAUUCAUUUCAAAAGUUAUUUGCUUCCAACACAAGCUACCAAAAAAUAUUUUUUUAGAAAAAAAACUUUUUUUUUUUUUUUAAGUUCUACUUUUUUUUAAAAACAGAAGUUUAAAGUGUUUUACUGCAGGAAGCCAUGCAAUUCAGAGCAAAUCAAACUGUGCUGUACAAUUGUUUUAGCAGGGGCUAUUGAUUGUGGGGGAUGGGGAAGAUGUUUACAUGUUGAUGCACAAAGGCCACAAUGAGAAUAAAUAUAAAUCAGUGUAUGAAAACUGAAGUUGUUCCAAAUUUCACUUGUUUACAUUAAUAAACAACAUGCAUGUACAGGAGUUGGUAAACUCCUGUGAAGAGA